AUGGCUACACUGGCUACCAAAGGCUCCCGGCGCGACAGCCUUUACUGGAACGACCGCUCCUGCUUGGCUGCCAAUUAUUAUAUCUGCGAGAAAUCUGUGCCUGGAGCGGAGCCCCUCGCAGAGAAGUGGUCGUGCAACAGGUCUCUCACUCUUACGCUACACGCCCCGCCCACCAUCGUGACGUCACCGGGAUUCCCCGCCCACUACCCACCCUCUCGGACGUGUGUCACGACGCUCACGCCCGGCCGCCGCCCACCUCGUGCUGCAGUUCGACACCUUCGUCCUGGAGCCGCACCCGAAGAAAAAAAUAGCGAGGCGUAA